AUGGAAAAGAAACAAAAAGAAAAACAAAAAGAAGUUUUAUUUCCUUCUCUUCUGAAGCUCGACAGACUUUGCCGAUUGCUGCUCUCCAGCGAAAGCUGCGCAGACACCCCAACACAAAUCUUGAAUAAGGGCCUUUGGACCCACACGAUACUUCCCGCGGCCUUUUGUGCCCUCGCGGGGGCCCCCCUGGGGGCCCCCGGAGGGGCCCCUGGGGGCCCCCCGGCCCCUCCGGGGGCCCCCCGAGGGGCCCCCGAGGGGGCCCCCGGAGGGGCCCCCGAGGGGGCCCCCUUGGGGGCCCCCGAGGGGGCCCCUGGGGGGCUUUGUUUGGGGGGAGAAAGUUCGGAAGAGUUGCGGAAAAGAAUCAAAAAAGUACUUCAAAAUGAAAACAGCAGCGCCGCUUUGCUGCAGCUCUGCUGCGACCUCCUUUCGGAAGCUGUGGGCAUUCCCGGGGCGCCGGAGAGGUCUCAUCUGCUGCCGCCCAGCGGGCAAGCAGCAGCAGCAGCAGCAGCAGCUGCUGCUGCUGCUGCUGCUGCUGCAGCAGCAGCAGGCGAAGUCCAGAGGGCUGCAGAGAAGCUUCUGGAGCUGCCAGAUGAUGAAAUGAUUGUUUUCAUUGCCAAACAAAUCAAAAGAUUUCCCCUCGGGCUGCUGUCCGUGGCCCGCAGCAGACAGCCUGCGGAGCGAGACCUGCUGCACUGGCGAGAAGCUGCUGCUGCUGCUGCUGCUGCUGCUGCAGCGCAUGCAGCAAAGCCCACUGACAUCUCCGAAGUGCCUUUUAUUCCGCAAGUGUUGACAGUUUCUCCCUUUUGGGUGGCGGAGCCGCAGCAGAAGAGGCGCAGCAGCGCCGCUGCGCCGGACUUGCCCGCGAGCCGCCGCCUCGAGGAAUCCUUGCGGAAACUGCGGCUUCCGCUGGAAAAGGCGGCCUCAGCAGCAAAUAAAAACAAAAUUAAAGCAAAUUUGCCGCAAAUUAAUUCCGUUGAAGAGGCAAUUACGCCGUUUCCGACCACUUUCUGGCUCUGCAACGACCGGCUCAGUGCGCAGAUCUCGGAAGUUGAACUGACGGGGUGGAUGAAGGAAAUGGAAAACGGACUUUUGGCGCAAGACGAGGAUAUUCAACUAAAACUUAUUCACGAUAACAUUCGUUUUAUUGCACUUCGAUGGCUUUUAGUUCCGAAAUUCCUGCUUUCGCACUUCUACGCGGCCAACCGCCGCUGCGCGGACUGCAGUGUACGUACACCCGAAGGUCUGAUCUUUUCGGACUUGGAAAAGAUGAACCGAAAGGGCUGCGACUCGAAGGAAGCCGAAGCGCCGGAGCAAACGGAAGAGACCAGUGGUCUUUUUGAAAAGGAAAAAGAAGCAGAAGAACUGAAUAAGUGCAGCAAAUGUUUGCUCUGCUGCUGCCGGCUCUGCAGACUCAUGCAGUGCCUCCGACUGCGCGGCAUGGGCGGCCUUUUGAACUUCUGCAGAAUCCGCUGCCUCCACAUGCAAUAUGCCUAUCAUUUGGUGUGCCCGACGACUCUGGGAAAUAUGAUGGACGAAUUGUUCAAACUUCACUUGCAAACUGAAUAA